AUGCCCUCCGUCAAAAACCCCAACAAGCCCUCCAAGAACAGGCUCGCCGCCAAGGCCGCCAAAGCCCGGAAAGAGGCGCAAAAGUCCUCCGCCGCUGGCCGCCUGUCCAAAAUCGAGAAGACCGACGCAAACAGAUUUGGCGCCCGCCCGGGGUUGAUGCCUACGAGCGGCCCGAGAAAGCCGGUGAGCGCCAAGAAGCAGAGGAAGUUGGAGAAGAAGAUGGGGUAUGCGCUUAAGAGGAAGAUGGAGAGGGAGGGGGAGGUGGAGAUGAAGGAUGCGGUUGUGGUUGAGAAAAAGGCUGAGGGUGGUGAGAAGGAGGAGGUUGAGAUGGAUAUCUCAUGAGUGGCUGAAACGGGACGGUUGGGGGACGAAACAUUGAUGAUACCCUUUGGUGGAAUUUACCGCUGAGCGACAAAAUCAUGGACCAUUGACUGUGGUUGAUGGGAUAUGUCUUGGGACGCCAACUUAAGAGAGCUGCAUCGGGCCUUGGAAUUCCGGUAUGGGGAACUUGGUGGGAGAUCUGGACCAUGCCCGCUUUCCCAGGGACACGCUCACACGGGGAACCAGGUGAGAAAUGUCUUUCACAUUGUUGGACUGGAAUGGUCCUGGAAGACCUGUUCUGGCACUACUAAACAGUGCGUUGGUCAUGUUUGCGGGUUUCACAAAUGAUUAGAUACCAACAGUGAAGCAACGCGUCAUGGUGGUCUAAAAAGAGAAUCUUGAUCGAGAUCUUCGUCAUUCGCAGAUCAAAGUACUCAACAUGGAUUCCAAGACUUGCCGUUUGUUCAAUCCACCUCAGACAAUCGUUAGGUCCUCCUUUUCUGUGAACCAUCAGGCAGGCC